UUAGUUGGCAAUGAUCUGAAGGAUAACACAAAAUUGAACAUGUACACUCACCAUACAAAACAACACAAAAGGGGAGAACACUUACAUGCAAAUUAAUGUCCAUAGAUGAUUUCAAGAGAUUCUAGAUACGAUUUUUAAAUUAUAUUAGUAAUUGUUACCACUAGGCAACAGUUUGAUUCAUUCAAAUCCCACAAGUGUAUUUCUCCCAUUACUCCCAAGUCACCAAAGUAAGGUUCUAAACUACAGAGUUGCUACCACCACUACUUUUUGUGCAUGUGUAGGGGUAGUGGUGCCAAAAAAGAAUGUGUUUCUUCCAAAUUUUUUAAACUCUGCCUCCCUAACAUUACCGCAAUGUGAUCCCUGCUCUAGUGAAGAUGACUACAUACAGGUCACUAGUUGAAGGGUCUAUCAGUAAUACCUCUUCAGUCACAGGGGAUCACCAGACAGAGCAACAUGAGGAGAUGGGGAAAGAAAUUAAAAUUACACCAGUCAUAACGUUUAGUUUGAAUGGGGGGGGAAUAUUAUGAAGUAGCUGCUGAGACUUGCAUAAUGCUUAGUACUAGUUGAGUAGAGCCAGCACUAGUGACUCUUUUGCAAGGGAGUUUGCUGCACCAGGGCCCAAUCCUUUGGGCAAAUUUCACUACUUUGGGGGGUAUGUAUUUAAGAUUUCAGCUGAAGGGAAUUUGUUCUGAUCCUUAAAUGUCCUUUUCUUAUCUUGGUGUGGGAGUAAACUGACUGCAAUACAAAUUGGAAAGGAAUUUUGCCUUUUCAGGCAAUUGUACUAAUUUACUAGCUCCUGAGUUGGUGCAACAUAGAAACUCUCUCCUUCAUUGAACCACUGCUUCCAGAGCCUGGAUUUAAUAGACAAUGUUCUGAAUUGACAUGACCCAUCCUCUUUUUUUUAAGUGAAACAUUUAAUGCUCUGGUAAUUAGUGCAGAGGUCUUCCUAUUAUUAUUAAGAGGUAAAAGUAACAGUGUGCAUAACAGGCUGGUACUCCACCCAGAGCAGCAAGAAAGCAACAAAAAGCUGAACGAUUCAUUUUUUUAUUCUCAUAAUGGAAAAUAAAUUUUAAUGUGCAUUCUAAAUGUUCUCUGAAACCCAAGAAUGCAUAUGUCCGAAUCAGUUUAAAAAAAAAAAAGUUAUGUGCUGGGUUUUUGUGAAUUCAAGCCGUCUUUGCAAUUUAAAUUUCUAUCUGCUGAGCUGCUGAAACAGCACAAGCUAGAUGAGUGCACGUGUUUCUUGGACAAGUCUAGGCAGCACGACAAGUCUAUAGGCAUCACUACAUUGUACAAGUGGCUAUUGCCUCAGCCUGCAUUGGUAUCCCCACUUCUUUCCUGCCCCAAAGGUGAAUUAUAGGUUGGGAUUGGCCGUGGGGGACAUAGUGUGGCAUUUGGGGGGGCGGGAGCAGAAGACGGAAGAGGUAAUUAAAGAACGGAGUGAAGAGAGGGUGGGCCUUAUUUACUGUUUCCUCCCAGAUGCCAAACCACUCCUGCGCAGAACACCACCUGAUCAUCCAGCAUACCUGGGGCGAGUGUUCUGGUUUUGAACAAGCCACCCAACCCUCAAUUCGGACGUCAGUUGCUGGUAAAUAACAUGUAAAAGGAGUUUAAAUGACAGCAAAAGAAACCACUUCUGUCGAAGCAGGAGCUGUCAGUGUCCCUUACGGACAUGUGAUUGGAAAUGAGAAAUGGAGAGGGUCACAGAUAGCUCGAGGAUUACAAGGGAAAAUUAAGCUAAUUCUUGAAGAUGGCUUAGGAUUUGUGGAUUUUCAUCUUUCAAACAGAUCUUGCAUUUUGUAUAUUUCGGAAGCAGAUUUGGUGGCAGGAAAUGGCUUCAAAAGACGUCUUGUUCGGUUUAGAAAUGCCAGCAGUCUUCAUGGGAUUGUGAUAGUUGAAAAAACCCAGAUAAGUGAUCAAUACUUUCCGGCAGUGCAGAAGUUCAUUGUGCUAGAACUUGGAAUGACAUUGCUUCCGGUGGCCAAUCAGGGAGAAGCAUCUCAACUUAUUAUUCAGCUAGUCCAUGAGCAAAGUAAGGAUCACACGAGUAACCCUUUUCUUCAUAAGAAAUGUUCCCAGCUAGCGGAGGCAUCAAUACUUCGGACAGUCCAGCAGAUUCCAGGAGUUGGAAAAACAAAAGCACUGCUUCUACUACAGCAAUUCGUAAGCAUCCACCAGCUUUGCAAUGCAUCUGUCCAGGAUCUCGAGCUAGUAGUAGGACAAACAAUAGCACAGCAAAUUCAUGCUUUCUUUACACAGACAAAGUGACAUUCGCUCAUUAAUAUCUCAGACAAACAUGAGCACUUUCCCCUUUGGAAGUGGAGAGUAAUCUUUGAGUCCUAUUCUAGGUGGAAUUGAUUUUAUAUUUUUUAAGAACAAUUCAAGGAUGGACUCCAUUUCCACAUAGUGUCUAUGCUGAAGGCAUCGUCACCCCCAAUCAGCAACUAAAAAGAGGUGAGCAUGGAUCUUGAGAUUUCAGCCCUCUACUUAUGUUACAGCUUCACACACACCACAUAUUGUCUUCUCCCCACCCCCAAACUAUGCUUGCAUUGCCAGAUCUUCAGCAGACGUAUGUGUAUGUAGCUGCAUUUAAACCAAGUUGUGAUAUGUCCCCUUGUAUUUCAUGUUCUGAGUGCAGUUUCAUGGUGAUUGUCAGGGAAUUAUUUGAGUUUCUCAUUGUGCAUGAACACUUGAGUUGUGUGCUAUUCCUUGUCUGAGCUGGUUUGCUUUUUUUCUAUAAACCUCAUUUAGGGCCCAAUCCUAUAGCCUCUGGUCAUGCCAUUUUGUUCUGUUCUCUUUAAUGGGACUAGCAUGAGUAUGAGCUGCAGUACUGAUCCUAUGCUUUAUUACUUUGGAGGCUGCUUUGAGCAGUUCAGCUGCAGUUUCUUAGGCUUUAAAUUUCCAUACUCAUUUGACUAGAGCCAUUUUCUAAUAACCUGCUGGAUAUUAUCAUACGUACUUCCUCCUUAUUGCAAGAUGUCCAAUAAACUAGGAUGUUUGUUCAUAUAAUGCUUUAUCAGCAUGCCAACAUCAUCUGCCACAAAUAUACAAUUUCACAGUCCAACUUCCUUUCUCCUUUACUGGCCCUUCUGAAAUAGUUUCCUAUAAAGGAAAGGGUUGCUGUGCAUUCCUGGCUAUCUUGGACUUAAACUGUCAAUGGAGGUUCCCUGUCCUUCCAUUUCUUUAGAGCAAAAUUGUCUCUUGCCCCAGACACCAGUUAUGAAGUCUAUCUAAGGUGGGCUACUGGCAUUGCAGGUCUGUGUAGUGGGAAAGUAGCCUUUGCAGUGCUGCUGCUCCCCCCUCUCAUUCAGAUGGGUGGAGAGUGGCGAGGAAGGAGCAGGGAAUGGACCCCUUCACACCCACCCAAGGCACCAUCUAAUACAGAGGGAAAGCAAUUACUGGUAUGGACUCCUUAUUGGUGGAUGACAGUAAACUUUCAUUCUAGCCCUAAAUGUUCAAAUUACUGAACGGCAAUGAUUCCUGGAACUAUAGAGCUAUUGCGCUCUGGGGCUUGCGUCUGAGUUUAAAUCUCAUAAAAUAUAUGUUCAUGGUCCCUUCUCUCACUCCUUCCCACAUACACGCUUUCCUUAAGUAGACUGUGGGGCUAUAAAACCUUUCUGUUAUACGCUGUGAUGUGUGUAUUGCCUGGCAAUCUUUUAUCUACGGGUACUGCAGGACAAGCACUUUUUAAAUAUUUCAAAUGGCGAGCUGUUCAGUAGAUUAAAUAAAUCAAGAAGGCAGGUAAUUAGAGCAGUGACUAUUAGUGCUAAUGGGCUGAGCUGCUAAUCUAUUACCAAACCUGUAUUUCCAAGAUUUGGUAACAGCCAUAGACAUUCCUUGUGAGUGAUCCUUGUAAGGAUCUUAGCCCUAAAGUAAUCUUUAAACAUACGUUGGACACAGUGUUUGUGCUGCACAAACAGCUUUAUUUUUCAAAUGCAAUUUGCUGUGAAAUUUGGUAAUAUAAAUCCUAAUGAUUUUGGUCAUUUAAAAAUAAGCUCUGAGAUAAGCUAUAGUGAGUUGCCAGAAAAUAUUGUAAAAGUUAUGAAAAAUUAGUUGGUAUUUGGGUGGGGCGUCUCUGAUAUUUAGCCAUGUGAAUGAAAGUACAUUUUGAGGUAAAAAAUUUUGAUGAAAACAAUUUUUAAGAGGACUGGUUUGCGUUUUUUGUUUUGUUUACCCUGGUAAUAGGCUUAAAUUAUAAAAGACAAAGUAAGCCCAAAAGAGGGGAAGAUUUACGUGAGCACUAUCUUGUCAUGCUGAGGGUUAUUGCUGUAUACUUCUACAACAGAGUACCAUUGAAUUGCAUGGAAUGUCAGAUCUCAACAAUUUGUAUUAUAUCACCCUCUAGUGACUGCAGCCUGCAUAAAAAUAAAAUCUCUACUACCUGUGUCCAUUGGAAAUCCUUUGAGUCUAUCCUAGACUGCCACAUGAUAGCAAUCUAAUUCAGAGUAGAGAAAGUGAAUAGUUAAAGGAAUAAGUGAUUUGCAUCAUUUGUAAAAAAAUAAUGAAUAAAAUUAUAAUAAUAAUAAAAUAAUAAUUGAAGAUUACAACCCUUUACAAAAUAACUCAAGACUCUGGAAAAAUUUUAGAAUACUUUAUCUUGUAAUGGUGCUAGUUUUAUAGGCUUAGUUCCAAUAUUGCACAAUGAAAGUCUAACUUGAGAAAGUUGUCUGCUAAUUCAGUGUUAUUCUUUAUGAAGAAACUAUAUGAACAUGAGUCUGCUAGCAGAUAGCUUCAAAAUGAAGUCAGCAGUGAAACUUUUGUAAGUUACACUGUCUCAUCCAAUCUGUAGAAGAAUGAAAGAAGCCACUACUAAAUGGCAGCAUGAUUUUUAUUCUUAAAUAAGCUUUUAAAUUUAACAUAUUUACAUCUAUCAUAUAACACAAAACCAAACACGAGUGAAAGAUUGUACCCACGGUGUCUCAAAUGUGCGUGAUACACACUUUUUUCCAUUAUUGUUUAGUGUUUUGAGUAUCAAACAGCAUAGAUCUACUCUGUAGAUAGCAUCUUAAUCUAACACUACAGUGUUAGCAACUUUAAAACAAUCUGAAAAUAUAGAAACAAAUCUUCUCUCAUAAGGAAAUUAACACACAAUUACACUUUAGAUGGCUUCCUAAUUUGCUUUAGUUCAAUAUGGA